AAAACAAAACUAAAUAAAUCAGAAAAUGGAGUGCAACUGGGGCGAUCAGUCCGACUUGAUUUGCCAGCCAAUGGCUUUCAAAGAGAAAGUUUUCGGCGAGGAGAAGGCAAUGACUUUAAAGGAGAUCCAGCGCCGGGGCAGUGUGAUACUCGCCCAAGCUCGGGAGCACUCUUUGGCGUUGACCAAGAACCUGCUCAAGGCCAUGGAUCCCAGUUGGCAGAGGCAGGUGGCCGUGGAGAGGGAAUCCGGCUGCACUACCCCCCAGGCGUAUCGCUUCAAGGACAUCUACGAGGGCAAGAAGAAACAGCAGCUGCGCAAGUGCCUCGAGGACGAGCGCAAGCAGCGGGAGUUCCGCAGCCGUCCAAUGCCAAAUUUUCGCCAGUUCCACGAGCGCCAGGCCGCCAAGACCGUCAUCCACCAUAUAACCUUGCCGGUCACACCCAACGUGCUCAAGAACUCUAUCCAAGCGGAGAACAGGCGCCGCCAACGGGUUGAGGAGUCCCUCAAGCAGUUCGAUAUGGACAUCCAAAAACAUUACCCCCGAGCGAAGCCCAUUCCGCGCAGCAGCACCACAAGCGCGCGUCCAUCUCUGAAGCCUUUAAACAGCCAGUCCAUGGCUGAGCGCCGUAUACAGGUGCAGCCCUUUCACCUGUCCAUCGAGAAACGUAUUGAGAAACGCAAGCUCUUCAAUGACAAGACCACCCAGAUCCAGGAGGCGCGUCGUCAAGAGCAUGAGGAGCAGCGCCUUCGUGCGGAACGCGAGGACUACCAGAAGCACCGCCAGAUGACCACGUUCCGGGCUCGACCCAAUCCAUUCUGCGCCACGCCACGUUAAGGUGGUUUGGUCUUCCCUUUUCCAAUUUUCCAUUUUUCAAUUUUGUUUGUUUCUUUGUUUAAAGUUCUUGUUGAAAUUUGUUUUGUUGUUCGGAGAAAUUAAAUUACUAUAAUCACCAGC